UCUGUUCACACUAAUAAUUACUUUAUUUUUGCAUCACGAAAGAAUUUUGCGAAAACUAAAAAAAACCGUACUAAAAGAGUCAAGUGAAGACAUUCGGAUAUUGUUUUAAACGUAAACUUGUUCUCGCAGUGCUGCUGCACACAAUUGCCAUUAAAAGUGUGCCUCAAAACAGUGUUUUAUGCGUGCAACGAGAGGAGACGCUUCUGAUAAGCAGCCAUCUUCGUCUUCUUAUAAGAAUGCCUGCCACACACGGCUAGAAAACGGUUUGCUUACAUUAUAAAAUGCCAAAACAGCGUAAAAACUAAAGCUAACGAUAUUGAUACCGCUGUCGCAUCAACACCGCCCCCUCGCCUAGGCAGUGCCACCUACAACUGCAAAAUCCACACAUACAGACAUGUGCAGCGCGCAGCUAAUCUAUUGUAAAUAAACUGCGUCCACACGCGACUAUCGUGAACGGGACACAUACUCUCGGUCACGUACGCCGCCGCCGCCAAGUGUUCUGUUCCGUUCCUCCUGCCUGCUGCUUCCUCGUACCCACACAGUGUGCGGGUGUGCGGCUGUUCUACCUGGAAUAAAGUUUGCCAUAAAUCAGCGGAGAAUCAGCCCAAAGCAUGUGAAAAUGAUUCUAUAAAGAGGAGCAGAGUGCAACACAUCCUCAGCAUCAUCAACAUCAGAGGAAAAGUAAGGGUUCCAGGAUCGAAGCAGAAAUUAUAAGAAAGAAGAGAAUAACAGACAAAGGGAGAGAGCGAGCGAUUCGCUCAAAUGAAAAUGUCCGAAAUACCGCGCAUCAUGGUCUUCCGACCCACCUGGGAGGAGUUCAAAGACUUUCCCAAAUACGUAGCCUACAUGGAGUCACAGGGCGCCCACAAGGCCGGGCUGGCCAAGGUGGUGCCGCCAUCCGAGUGGAUACCACGGCGCAGCGGCUAUGCCGAUCUGGAUGCCCUGAACGUGACAAUUCCCGCGCCCAUCUGCCAGGUGGUGACGGGCAAACAGGGCUACUACCAACAGAUCAACAUACAGAAGAAGCCGCUGACGGUGAAGCAGUUCAGCGACCUCGCCAGCACCGAGCGCUAUGCCACGCCCAAGCACUUUGACUACGAGGAUCUCGAGCGCAAAUACUGGAAGAAUAUCACAUAUGUGGCGCCCAUUUAUGGGGCCGAUGUCAGCGGCAGCAUCACAGAUCCCGACCAGGAUAGUUGGAACAUCAACAGACUGGGCACGAUACUGGACUACGUGAACAAGGACUACAACAUCCAGAUAGACGGAGUGAACACCGCCUACCUCUACUUUGGCAUGUGGAAGACAACUUUCGCGUGGCACACCGAGGACAUGGACCUCUACUCGAUCAACUAUCUGCACUUUGGGGCGCCCAAGACGUGGUAUGUGGUGCCGCCGGAGCAUGGCCGAAGGCUGGAGAAGGUGGCCAAUCAGUAUUUCCCGGCCAGCUACAAGAACUGCAAUGCGUAUCUGCGCCAUAAGAUGACGCUCAUAUCGCCGCAGAUCCUCAAGCAGCACAAUGUGCCCGUUAGCAAGAUCACCCAGGAGUCGGGCGAGAUCAUGAUCACCUUCCCGUUUGGCUACCAUGCGGGCUUCAAUCACGGCUUCAACUGCGCCGAGUCCACAAACUUUGCCAUGGAGCGCUGGAUCGAGUACGGCAAGCGAGCGGUCCAGUGCACGUGCAGCAACGACAUGGUCAAGAUAUCCAUGGACACGUUCGUGAAGCGCUUCCAAAGCGACCGCUACGACAUGUGGAUGGAGGGCCGAGAUGUGGGCCGGCAUCCGGAGGAUCACGCCGGCGGUACAACGGUCACAGCUGCACCCCUGCCACCCCACCUCGAUGUCCUGCUGUGUGAUAAGAAAAUGAAGAAGCAAUGCAAUCCCACCAUAGCGAAGAGCUUUAAGGAGCGCAAUCCCGACCUGGAUCUCGACGAGAUCCAACAGAACCCGAAUGUGCCCGACGACGUCAAGGCCAUGCUGAAGGAGAGCGUGCUCACCCUGGACACGGCCGACCUGGGCAUCGAGGGUGAGGGCGAUUAUCCGAACGAGGAUGCCGUGAGUCUGCAGAGUCCUGCGGACUUUAAGACCAAGCAGGAGCUGCUCGAGUACAUGGAUGAUGGGACAGAAGACGAUGACGAGGAGGAGGAGUUUAAGCGUCGCAAGGCGAAGCGGCGGUACGAUGCGGACUACGAUGACGAUUGGCUAGCCUCCCACCAUCGCCGCACCAACUCGCGGAACAGCAGCCGCGGCCGCAGUCCGCGCACCAAGGACGAGCGCUCCAUAUCGCCGGCCUCCUCCACAUCCUCGACAUCGCGCGGUGGGCGACGUGGCAAGGGCAACUCCACGACCCGCAAAACGCCAUCAAAGCGAAAAAAGGAUGGCGCCUCUGCAGUGUCUCCGGCUGCAGCAGCCUCAACACUUGCCACAGUGGCAGCAUCCACAACUGCAACACCAAAUACAACAGCGACAGCAGCGACGGCAGCGGCGGCGGCGGCGGCGGCGGUUAGCAGCGAUGGAGAUGCCAAAAAGGAGCAGCAAUCGCUGGCAUUCAUGCAACAGCCUCGCAAGUUCGAGGGCAAAAUACCAAAACUAAGUCAGCCAGCAUCAGCAGCAGCAGCACCAGCAACUGCUCCAGCAGUCGGAGCAUCCACAUCCACAUCUAGUCAGGAUCAGCAUCAGCAGCAGCAACAGCGAAUAUUCUACAUCAAUAUGUUGCCGUCAGCCAACACUCUCAAUGGCAUUCCACAGCAGCAGCCGCAACAGCAGCAGCAGCAACAGCAACAACAGCAGCAGUAUGGCAGCACCGAUGGUAACGUCUAUCAGCUGCAAAAUGAAAUACUCUGUGAUGCAAAUGGACAGGCGGUAACGGCUGCCACAGCCACAUAUCAGACGACAGUACCCAGCAGUCCCCAACAGCAGCAGCAACAGCAACAGCAAAAUGUUGCUGUUAGUGUGGCCAACAACAACGCUGCCGACAAUGUGGUCACAACUAUUAGUUCGUCCUCCAUCCUGCACACGAACGGCACCGCCCACACGAACGGAGGAGUGGACCCCAACACCACCCACGAACAUCAGCAGCAGCAACAACAGCAGCAGCAGCAUCACCAUCAGCAGCAGCAGCAGCUGCCACAGUACCACUACAUCACCACCGCUGGGGAAGAUGGACAGACCCCCACAACCAUAGUGUUCGAGAACUAUAAUGGCGGCAUGCCCGCAUCCGUCAACUCUGCCACACCGACGCCCGUGUCGGUGGCUGCCUCGCCGGCGCCCACAUCGACCACCACCACUGCCCUGGUCAACACGGACGGGACGAUCAUCGAGUUUGACGGCAACACCUACGAGGAGUACCAUGUGCUAAAGAGCGAGCCGGGGAGCAGCGACUGCCUGAGCAAUGGGAGCAGUGCCGUGGCGGCGGACAUCAUCAAGUACGAGCCGCAGCACGUGGAGGAGGAUGACGAGGAGAGCGGCCUGCAGGUAAAGUACGAGGACGAGGGCCUGCAGGUGAAGUACGAGGAGCAGGAGCAGGACCUCGACCAGGGGCAGGACUACGAGGAAUACCAGGUGAUCAAGGCCGAGGUGGAAGCGGAGGCGGCGGAGCAGGCGGCCGGCGCGGUCAGCUACACAAUCACCAGCCUGCCAGACGAUCCCAGCCAGCCGCAGCAGGCCAACUCUGGCGAGCCCAACGCCAACAAUGUUCCCAAAUCGGGAUCGGCGGCGGCCGCCAAGCAGAAGCGCAAGCGGAAGACGCGCGUCAUUGCCGAGGACGAGCAGGGCGAGUACCUGGAGAAGAUGAGUGUGCGGGGCCUGGACAUUGCCCGCUACGAGCACAUCAUCGACGGUGUGGCCUACUGCCUGGUGUGCGCCAAGAACGACAUCUUUAAGACGUUCAAGAACAAGUACAGCUUCCAGCGGCACGCCUACCUCUUCCACGAGGGCCAGAACCGCAAGAUCUUCGCCUGCCCCAUUUGCAACAAGGAGUUCUCGCGCCCCGACAAGAUGAAGAUGCACAAGAAGGACAAGCACGGCGACGUCCCCAUGCCGCCAUCGGCCACCACCACGCCCCUCAAGGCGGACGGCGCUCCGGCCGCCAAGCGACCGCGAACCUCCCGCACACCACGUGUCCGCAAGUCCAAGGCCAGCGAUGCCGGCGGCACACCCACCGGCACGCCCGCCAAGAAGCGCCUGGCGCAGAUCGACAGCGUGCUGGACGAUGUCCAAAACUCGGAGAGCCUCAACGUGCCGCAAUCGCAGCACCAGCAGCAGCAGCAGCAGCAGCAACAACAACCCAUGCAACACACACUCACGACGACGCUGGCACCCACAACGACGCAGCAGCAGCCGCAGCAGCUGCAAACGCUGCCAUCGCUGGACUUCAGCGGAAUGAUACUGCCGGGAGGCGCUCAGCUGGCCCUGGCCAAUCCGGGGGCCAGCAGCUCGAUGACCCUGCAGCGUGGUGCGACCACGCCGAAUGGCGGACAGGCGGGGACGGCGCCCACAACGACGCUCAUCUACUCGAACCAGUUGGAGCUGCAGCAGGCGCUGCUCCAGCAGCAGCUGCACGGCCAGAGCAUCAUGAUCCAGGACCAGGCGGGCAACCUGGUGCCCCUACAACUGGAUGGAAGCCAAACGAUAUACACGACGGCGCCGGCACCGCAGCAGCGGGCGCAGGCAACGACGGCCACGUACCAGACGACUCAGCCGCAGCAGCAGCAAUUGGUGCAACAUCAGCAGCAGCAGCAGACGGUGGUGAAGGUGGAGGGGCAGUCGCAGCCCCACUACGAGAUGGAGAACGUGACCUACCUGAGCUCCACGGCGGCGGCCACGCCGGCAACGGCCGACCAGCAGCAGCAGCACCAACAGCAACACCAGCAGCAACAACACGUGAUUGGAACCGUGCAGAGCUACCAGAUUCUGACACCCGAUGGCCUGCAGAGCUUCCAGCCAAAGCUGGAGCCGGGGGAACUGGGCGACCUUUGUCCCUACUCGCAGUACACAUUCCAGCCCACUCUCAACGCCAACGCCCUGGAUGCGCACACCCAGCAGCAGCACCACCACAACCAGCAGCACCAUCACCACCAGCAGCAGCAGCAGACGCAUCUGCUGCAGCAGCAGCAGUUCGCGACCCACAAUCCGCACCAGCAGUUCAUGGAGCUGAAGAACGAGCUGCUGAUCAAGGGCAGCGACGCGUACGCCCUGGACACCGGCUCCAUGUACCACCUGCCCUUCUCGCCCACCUCGAUGAUCAAUGCGGUGAACGAUGUGAACACAUCGUCCCUGCUGGAGACCAAAGAAAUUAGUGGAAGCAACGCCAACCUCAGCUCUGGAGCUGCUAGCAACUGUGUCUCUGUGGUGAGCAGCAGCGGAAUCAAUGGCUUCAAGGCCGGAGCCAAAAAGACGCCGGUCAUUCUGCUAGCCGCCCGUGGCCCCGGAAAGCAUGCGCCCAUCAGCCUCAUCAACGGCACUGCCAAGGCCGGAGCGGGCGGUGUCACGUUGCUGCGCGUCAAUUCACAGCCCAAUCGCAACCAGCGACAGGUCAUCGUCGCCCCAGAGCAGGUUCAACAGCAGCAGAACAGCAACAGCAACAACAACAGCAGCAGCACCAACAGCAGCAGCAGCACCAACAACAGCAGCAGCAACAACAACAGCAGGAACUGACUGAGGAAGAGGCGGAACAAAUGGAGCUGGCGGAGGAUGAGGAGCUCGACGAAGAACUAGAGGACGACGAUGAUCUCUCCUCUUCCACCGCUCAAAU